CUUAAUGUUUUGUCAAUGAUGUUCACAUAUUUUAUACUACAUGUAUCUUGUCACUUACACAUGCACGUGAGCCCUUGCUGACUUCUAAGAAAAAUACAUAAGCCUACUCUGCCGUUGGAAACAGGAACCAACUGGCUUCUGUUCCCCUUAAGAUAGGCUUGACCAGUUCCUGUUGUGACAGUUGAACGUAUAUGUUUUAUGCUUAUCACCUUGUAAGGAGUUGUAUGUUAUCUCUUCCUACAUGUGUCUGUGACGCAAACAUGCUUGAGUAUAAAUAAAGCUGACUACAACGCCUCGGUGUGAGUAUCAUCCGAUCACUCACCCGUGCACGUAGCGCUGCGAACUAACUCUGACUGUCUUUGUAUUCUUUCAAUGUGUUUUCAUAAUGUCUUAACACUGACAGGGGGUCAUAUGAUUGUUGGGUUUUUCUCUGUAUGUAUUAUUGUAGGGUCUACCUUACUAUAUAACAUGCCUUUAGGCGACUGUUGUUGUCAUUUGGUGCUGUAUAAAUAAAACUGGAUAUUUCGUAGUCGUGUUAUCUCCCUGUGGUAAAAUGUAAACAGACCCUUGAACCCACUAGCUUUGAAUGGUGAAGAUCCUGGAGUCACUCUUGUUGUUUUUCCAGUAAAUGUGGCCUCUGCCUUCCUCACCCUGUUUGAGUCUGUGCUGUAGGUGGAAUCCUGGUGUGGAGCUGAGAAGAAAUCUGUCAAACCCAGAGUCAUCAGAUUUUCAUCACAUCAAUUCAACAGAAUUGCAAUGAUGAAGCUGCUGUCAGUCUUCAUCCUCCUCCUGCUUCCUCUGAUGACCUGCUGUGAACCUUUCAUCCUUCCACUGGACUGCAGCGAUGUCUAUAACCAAGACACCAGUCGAACCAGUGGAGUGUACACCAUCUAUCCCAUUGGAGCCACGUCUGCUGUCCUGGUGUACUGUGACAUGGACUCACAAGGACAGUGGACGGUGUUCCAGAGGAGGUUGGACGGCUCGGUGAACUUCUACAGACCCUGGGAUCAGUACAAGACGGGCUUUGGUAACGCUGCUGGAGAGUACUGGCUCGGUUUGGAAAAUGUCUUCUACCUGAUGCAGAGAAAAAGGUACGAGCUGAUGGUCAACAUGGAAGAUUUUGAUGGAAACAAAGUGUUUGCUCGUUACUUCUCGUUCUCCAUCGGUGGAGAGUCUGACGGCUACAGGCUGAAUGUGUCUGGAUUCACUGAUGGAGGGGCAGCAGACGGACUGAGUUAUCACAACGGACAGAAGUUCACUACGUUUGACAAAGACCAGGACAGCUGGCCAGGAAACUGUGCCAAAAGUUUCCAGGGAGCGUUCUGGUACAACAGCUGUCACCUAGCAAACCCCAAUGGAGCGUAUCGCUGGGGAGCUGACAGCACUUUAUAUGCUGUCGGAGUGGAGUGGGCAUUGUGGAAAGGUCAUAACUACUCCCUGAAGACCAUCAGCAUGAAGAUCCGUCCUGUGCAGUAAAUCUGCAGGACAAACACAGAACAUCACAUGUUGGUCUCUCUCUUUUCUCUCCUCUAUUGUGUAAUAAUUUCAAAAUCAGUAGAUGACGUGAAUAUUUCAGAACAGCAGUCAGAGUCUGACUGAGCAGCUGUGUGGAAAAGCCUCACGAAAUCCAAUGGUUGAUGCAUCCUGAUAUUAAAGGAGAAGCAAUCAGCUGAUGUGCUCUCUGUGCUUCCUCAGUCUUUCUCUACUGCCCUCUAGUGUUUACAGUCAUAAACUACAGCUCCACCUUCUUCAGGGGCAAAAAUACAAAUAUUGAGUUUCUAGAGUUACUUAAUAAAUAUAUUCAAUGACAAA